AUGCCGGGCUCCUUUCGGACGCUGUACAACUCGUACAGCUUCCUACUCCUAGGCUUCCUGUUCUCAAUCUGCUUCGACAGCACGACCGCUCAUGUGGUUGCAAAACGUCAAUCACAAUCAUCAGGCCGUCAACGCACGUCACUCAAUGCGGACUGGCGUUUUGAGCGUUUCACCUCGGAUCCGGAUGGCUUAAGCUAUGAGGGCCUAAAACCAUGGAUGCUGCCUUGCGCGAACGACUUCAUCACUGGAGAAAAAUACGAACGGCCUUCUGCUCCUGCUCCUGGUGCCAACAUCAGCUACGUUCAAUCUAGCUUCGACGAUGUGGCGUGGGAAGCUGUCGCCCUUCCGCAUGACUGGGCUAUCUCAGGCACCUUCGAUGCCCCUGGGGUCGAUGGAGGUCUAGGUAAAUUGCCUAUCAACGGAAUUGGCUGGUACCGCCGUGCGCUGUCCAUUGAUGCAGAGACCCUCCACUCUGGCAAAUCUAUUUUCCUCGAUGUUGAUGGGGCCAUGUCGUAUGCUGCGGUAUGGCUGAACGGUCAGCUCGUUGGUGGAUGGCCCUAUGGGUACAACUCGUUCCGUCUUGACCUCACUCCGUACACGAAGGCUGGCGAGAAUACUCUUGCAAUUCGUCUCGACAACAAACUAGACUCGUCGCGUUGGUACCCGGGCGCUGGAAUCUAUCGCAACGUCUGGCUUGUAACCGUCAACCCAGUACAUGUUGGGCAAUGGGGAACAUACAUCACUACUCCAAGCAUCUCGGAAGAUGAGGCUACUGUCGAGAUGGUACUCGAGGUCGAAAACAAGGGUAAUAGCAGCCAGCACGUUGAGGUAGUUACGGAAGUCUUCGAACGUGAUGCAGCAUCCAAGCAAGCUACAGGCGAUGCUAUCGCAACUUUCCCUACGGCGAACGCGGAUGUAGGAGGCCAUUCGAAGCAAUCAGUACAAGGCUCAGUAGCUGUCGCGAACCCCAAACUCUGGGGACCGCCGCCUAGCCAGACACCCAACGAGUAUGUCGCCAUCUCUACUGUAUCAGUUGGAGGUGAGGCGGUAGACACCUAUGAGACUGUCUUUGGCAUCCGCUCUGUUGCAUACGACCCAAACCAAGGCGUUCUCAUCAACGGUGAACGCAUAUAUGUCCAAGGAUCUUGCAACCACCAUGAUUUGGGUGCUCUAGGGGCAGCCUUCAACACAAGAGCUGCGGAGCGUCAGAUCCAGAUCUUACAAGAGAUGGGCAACAAUGCCCUCCGAACGUCGCACAACCCACCUGCACCCGAGUUUCUUGACCUUGCCGAUCACUAUGGUCUUAUGGUCAUGGAUGAGAUUUUUGAUACCUGGAACUUCCCCAAGACAGAAAACGACUUCCAUCGCAUUUUUCAAGAAUGGUAUGAGCCAGACACUCGGUCAUUUAUUCGCCGUGAUCGCAACCAUCCUUCCAUCAUCUCGUGGAGUGUAGGCAACGAGCUUCCUGAACAGGCCAACUCGACUGGUACGGAGACUGGCAGGACACUCCAAGAUAUCGUCCGUGAAGAAGAUUCAACACGCCAAGUAACUAUCGGCAUGAACGAGGCUGAUGCCGAGACCGAGAUAGCCGCCGUCAUCGACAUCGUUGGUCUCAACUACCAAGGUGAAGGAAAAGGAGACUCCUGGGUGGCCUCCUUCUCCGGUUUUAAAGAAGCUUUCCCCGAGAAGAUGAUCUGGAGUACAGAGACAGCAUCAACCCUGAGCACACGCGGCAAAUACCUCUUCCCCGUUACCGCCAACAAGAGUGCUAUCGUAGGUGGCGGGCCACUAGAAGGUGGAGAUCCAGAGAACAACAUUGUUUCCUCUUACGAUCUGUAUGCACCACAAUGGGCCGCUUCACCCGAUAAAGUCUUCGAGCAACAAGACAGGCACCCUUACGUCGCUGGCGAAUUCGUCUGGACUGGUUUCGACUACAUCGGCGAGCCCACGCCUUAUGCCAACGAAAGCCGCAGCUCUUAUUUCGGCAUCAUCGAUCUCGCUGGUUUCAAAAAAGACCGCUUCUACCUCUACCAAGCCCGCUGGAGACCAGACUUCCCAAUGGCUCAUAUCCUUCCUCACUGGACGUGGCCUGAAGACCAAAUUGGCGAGAUCACACCGGUACAUGUUCACACAUCAGGUGAUGAGGCGGAACUUUUCGUCAACGGUAUCUCAGCUGGCCGCCAAUCAAAGGGCAAGUACGAUUACAGAUUUCGCUGGGACGGUGUACAAUACCGUCCUGGAAACAUCAGCGUCGUCGCAUACAAGAACGGCAAGGAAUGGGCUACUGCAUCGCAAUUCACGGCUGGUUCCGCUGCUUCACUCAACGUGAGUGCGGAUCGCACAACGAUAGCUGGUGAUGGCUACGAUCUCUCAUUCGUCACUGUUUCCGUGCUUGACGAGAAUGGUGUCGUGGUUCCUGAUGCAGACAACGAGAUUAAUUUCGAGGUCUCAUCUGGGCCCGGUGUUGUUGUUGCUACCGAUAAUGGUGACCCUACUGAUAUGAGGCCAUUCCCAGAAUCGACGAGGAAUGCGUUUAGUGGGCUGGCACUGGUUAUUGUGAGGAGCGAGGCGGGCGCUAAUGGGGAGAUUGUUAUUGAGGCGAAGGCAGAGGGUCUGGAAAGUGGGAGGGUUGUACUCACUGCUAGCUAG